GCCCAACCCCCGGCCAAGGCAGGAAUCUGAACCAAAGCAUCCACGGCAGGCGGCCAUCCAACAACCAGGGGGCAAGGCAGGAUUUCCAUGUAACUUCACGGCGGCUGCAAAGCUUUCACCGCGGGAGAAAAGGCAGCCGCAGGUGCGGAAGUCCCGCGCGCGUAGCCCCGCGGUUCUCCGCGCCGCAAACCGCCCGGGGAUCUUGGGGCGAGAGGCGGCGUCUCAACAUUGCAUGUUAAGAUGGCAUCUGUCAGUGAUCAGGAAAAGGUCAGCUCUUGGAACACUUUGGUGCUCCCAGACCUACCCAGUGGACCGCUGGAUGCCUACCGGAAGAAAGCAUCCUUCAACUGGAAAGAGAUGACACUCUUCGUAGAGGAAGAAGAUCUGCUCCGUUUUAAAAACAGAAUAUUCUCAGCUCUUGAAAAUGACCCUCUCUUUGCUCGUCACACUGGAGAAGAAUUACCUCUUGAGAAAUACCGUGAACUAACCUUCCUCCGCUGUAGGAAACUCUUUGAAUAUGAUUUUCUACGGCUAGAAGACAUAAUUGAGAAACCAUUAAAAGUUGUAGCGCUGAUUACUUGCCUGGGGAUGUAUGACUGGUCUCUGGGAGCCAAAUAUUUGCUAAAUUCCCAGGUGUUCAAAAGUGCAAUUGAGAGUUCUGGCUCUGAAAGACAUGAAGAAUUUAUUAAAGAUAAUGCAGCUAUGAAGAACUUUGGAUGUUUUGCUCUGACUGAAUUAAGCCAUGGCAGCAAUACCAAGAACAUGCGGACUACUGCUAGAUAUGACCCGACUACACAAGAAUUCAUUAUUCACUCACCGGAUUUUGAAGCAGCAAAGUUCUGGGUUGGCAACAUGGGGAAGAAUGCAACUCAUGCAGUUGUCUACGCACAGCUAUAUACUCCGGAUGGCCAGUGCCAUGGAUUGCAUUCCUUUGUCGUACAGAUCCGAGAUCCGAAAACGCUUCUUCCCAUGCCAGGGGUGUUGGUUGGUGAUAUAGGUAGAAAACUUGGGCAGAAUGGAUUAGAUAAUGGCUUUGCAAUGUUCCACAAUGUCAGGAUACCCAAAAGGAACUUGCUGAACCACACUGGAGAUGUCACAGCUGAGGGAGCGUAUGCAAGUGCCUUCAAGGAUCGCAAGCAGCGUUUAGGAGCUUCUCUUGGUGCUUUGUCCAAUGGAAGAGUUAUGAUUAUAUCCAUGUCUGUGGUCAAUUUAAAACUCGCCAUAUCAAUAGCAAUUCGCUUCUCAGCUACCCGGCGCCAAUUUGGACCAACAGAUGAUGAAGAAAUACCUGUUCUUGAAUACCAAAUGCAGCAAUGGCGCUUGCUGCCGUAUUUAGCAGCCACCUAUGUCUUAGACCAUUUCUCCAAAAUGUUGUUCAUAAACUCCAUAGAAUUCCACAUGGGUCUCCUCAUGAAGGACAAAAGUCCACAGCAGGCGGAACUCGGGCGUGAAAUCCAUGCUUUAUCUACUUCGGGGAAACCGCUGGCCUCCUGGCUGACUCAACAAGGAACUCAGGAAUGCAGAGAAGCUUGUGGAGGACAUGGCUAUCUGGCCAUGAAUCGGCUGGGUGAUAUCCGUAACGACAACGACCCAAAUUGCACCUAUGAAGGAGACAAUAAUGUUCUGCUACAGCAAACUAGCAACUACUUAUUGGGCUGGAUGAACGCCAAACACCAAGACAAAGGUCCUAUUGCUUCACCAUUGGGAUCGGUAGAUUUUUUGGAAGACUGUGAUCAUAUUCUCUGCCAGAAGUUCACAGUGUCAAAUGUUCAAGACUGCAUGGAUUCUUCUGUACUUCUGAGAGGAUACAAGUGGUUGGUUUGUUACUUGCUCCAAGAGAGUUUCCAGAAGCUGAGAAACCAAGAAAAAUGUGGUUGCAGUGAAUUUGAGGCAAGGAACAACAGUCAGGUGUACUAUUGUCGUUCUUUAGCUAUAGCUUUUAUUGAGCACACUGUUUUGCAAAGAUAUCAUGACUACGUUCACAGUUCCAACACACCAGCUAGCCUCCAGCCGGUACUGAAGAAUAUAUGUUCGCUGUAUGGAUUAUGGUCUUUAAAUAAGCACAUGUCAGUGCUCUACCAAGGUGGCUACAUUUCAGGUGCAAAUGCUGGCAGAUUUGUGCAAGAUGCAAUUCUAGAACUGUGUUCCAAGCUGAAGCAAGAGGCUGUGGCUUUGGUAGAUGUGAUUGCUCCUCCGGACUUCAUUCUCAACUCGCCAAUUGGCAAGGCUGAUGGAGAGCUGUAUAAAAACCUGUGGAGCACCGUUCUUCAAGGCAAUAAGGUGUUGGAGAGGCCAACCUGGUGGUCAGAAUUUUGUACUAAUAAACCUGUUGUAGGUAGGCUAAGAUCAAGAAUGUAAAUGUAAAUUGGAGAGGCCCAGCAAGGGCGUGGAUAAUAAAUCGUAAUCUGAAAUUAUUAGUUAAAGGAUCAUGUUAAUUUUUGUGAAGGAAAGGCCUUUGAAAUAGGAUUUCAGCCCAUUUCCAUGACUACUGGCACAGUGAGGGACAGUGCAGCCCAGUUUACACCUUUCCCACCUGCGUCAGUCAGUCAGGAUUUGCGGAAAUGAAGUCACUUUAAAAUGGGCUGCUACUCAGAGCCUGAAGUGGCCAUGAUAGUUGAAGUCUGGAUUCCAGGUAUGGAAAUAGCUAUAACAAAUUGAAGGAAAAUUAUACCUUUGCAAAGUCAGCAGUGUGCUCUGUUCAUGUAAACUUAUGUAGUUCGCUUAGAGUUCCUGCAGAGGGCAUGCACAAUUUCGCCCAAAGACCUAAAACAAGUUCACUCUCCUGGAAUACAGAGCAGAUAAGGACUUUCUAACUUUGAUUAAUUGUCGUAUCUUGUACAUCUGUAGUCAAAUGUUUUUAUAGUUUCUUGUUUAAUUCAUGGUCUAAUUGAAGUUAGUGAAAAUGUUGAACUUUAUAUCACCUUACCAACAGUCUGCACUUUUUAUCCGCACUUUUUAAUUUUAAGUGUAAGUUGGUGUCAGAAAAUCCUAAUCUGUGAAAGGUAAACAUAAUAUAUAUUAUACCUGCUACAUAUUUUGGGGGAAAUGUUUUGUGCUGACAAGAUACAGCAAAUGUUAACAAUGAUGAAUAAAAUAGUUUUAUUUUA